AAACACCCAUCCGUGCAAUCUAUUCUUAGUUAGUCUGGCCGACAACUGACUUGCAAGUUGUCAUUCCGUCAGUCGUCUGAGCUCGACUUUCAAAACAAAAAUGCUGUGUUUGUGUUGGACAUUGCUAACCCUAGCAAUAACAACCUCAGGAAAAAGCCUAUCGAAAUCAUCGACUUUGACCCCAAAAGAUCGCCUGCUCUUAAGAGAGAUCGAAUGCCUCCUGGAAGACGAAGCACUUUGUGACCAAGACUCUAUGCCGCAGCAAAGCAAUGCCGUCAAAAAUACUAUCUACUUCAACGGAAAUGUGUACACUGUUGACGGAACAGACUGGGACCAAACCCCCAAGGAGGCAAUCGUGGUGCAGGAUGGGAAGGUUGCGUUUGUGGGGUCUAACCAAGAUGCGUUAGAGUACGUCAAUUGCGAAAGCAGUGUGCUGGAUCUAAAUGGAGCGACGGUGCUGCCAGGAUUCCAUGAUGUCCAUAUUCAUCCGUUGGAGGCUUCGUCGCGCGUUGGUAGCACCUGCAAACUUACGUCGGACACAGACCCCGAACUAAUGAAGGAUAUAUUCAAAACAUGUGCUCCAAGACAAAUCGGGACGGAGUGGGUUCUGGGCGGUGGUCACUCCAUUACAAGUAUUCUGGAUCACAUCGAAAAGGGAGGGAGACCUCCCAGGGAAAUCAUUGACGAAGUUCUGCCGGAUGUCCCCGUGGUCAUGCUGGAAGAAACCUCUCACUCCGUGUGGGUGAAUUCCGAAGCGCUCCGAAGGGCAAACAUAACCAAAUGGACCCCAGUGAGGCCCGGGGGUGUCAUCAUGCGAGAGGAAGGUACGGGCGAGCCCAACGGAAUCCUGCUGGAGGAUGAAGGAGUAUCGAUCAUGGAGUUCGCGAUGAAACCAACGCCGGAGUUAGAGGAGCUGAACUAUGAAGGCCUGAUAGACGGUCUGUGGUAUCGGAAUGAGAACGGGAUCACUUCGGUCAGUGACGCCAGGGUCUAUUGGGGACGGGGAAACGACAAGACCUGGGAGCGGGUAUGCAAGGAGGGGAAGUUAACAGUGCGUGCCAAUCUGGCUCUAUGGGCGUAUCCCCAAAAAGAUGAUUCACAACAAAUCGAAGCCCUCAAGGAUAUGUUCUCUAAUGAGAAUCCAAAUUGUUUCCUCCGGAAAAACCAGAUUAAGGUCUAUAUUGACGGUCUUUUGGACAGUACCACGGCGGCAAUGGAAGAACCAUACGUGAAGAACUUACAUUUACCGGGAAUAUCCGACAAUAGGGGUUUGAACAUUUUUGAUCAACCACGGCUUGCAAAAUACGUCAAAGAGUUGCAGAAUUUCGACAAUAAUAAACGCUACGAUUUUCUAGUCCACGCUAUCGGAGAUCGGGGUGUUCAUCAAGCACUGAACGCAUUCGACGAAUCGUGGAUCUCCGCUGGAACGCGUCAUCGGAUGACCCAUUUGGAGCAAGUGAAGCCCGAAGACAUGAACCGAUUUCAAAAACUAAACGUUAUUGCAGAUUUUCAAGUGGCGGGAAAUUUCACCAAGCCAUCCACUAGAGAUCACAUUGAAUCUUUGGUUGGCAAAGAUCGCGCUCAUGAUUUUAUUCCAUUGCGAAGCGUGUACCAUACAAACGCCCAUGUGACUCUGAGCAGCGACUGGGACGUGAGUACGAUCAAUCCAUUCGUUGGAAUCCAAAAUGCUAUUUCUAGAGGUCAUCAGUCAGUAAACGUCAAGGACGCGGUUGAAAUGUACACGAUCAAUGCUGCCUUUGCAAUGAGACAAGAGCACGUGGUUGGUUCCCUAGCAACUGGGAAAGACGCCGAUCUUGUCGUCAUUGACACCGACAUUAUGGACCAAAAUAACGAGGAUGUCAUUCAUAAAACUAGAGUUCUGCAAACCGUUUUAGCCGGAGAAGAGGUUUACUCGACUGAGGACCAGAACCAGGUGAAUGAUGUCACUUGCGAAGUUUUUGAAAACAGAGCCGAAAAUUGCCAGGACGGUCAUUAUUGCUAUACAAACCCAUAACGAAAGAGUACGAAACACCGCAAUGAAUCAAUAUAUUCUAUUAGUAUUUUCUACUGAACAUAAUAACUUUAAUAAAAGUUGGAAGUGCGUUGUUAUUAUGAAUUUUUAUGUUGAAAACAAACAGUGUGCUUAGUCAUGUCAUUUGUAUUUUAUUUGAAAAAAAAACUUCAUUACGAUACAGAUUACAGGCUUUUCAUAAAUUUCAUUAAAACAUAAGCCUUUUAAUUGUCUCAGUGUACUUAAUGAUUUUGAUUGUGUUGAUGUUAUAUACCCGACUGUUGUCUGGAUUUGUAAAUUGUGAUGUAAAAAGAUGUAACUAAAUAAAAAUAAUAAUAAAAAAAGUAUUUAAACAUUAACUUGGGUAACUUACAAAUAUAAGUGUUAACAUUUCAUAAUUUCUUCAUCGUUACGCAGUAGGCAUGAAAUAAAAAAUCUGGUGUCUUUCUUGAAACUUUGUUAAUUUUAAAGCUAUAAUCAGAGGAACUUAUUGAUUUGAUAUUAACUGUCCAAAACAAGAAUUUUCGGUUCGCAAAUUGGAAGAAGUAUAUACAUGUAUUUGAGAAAAAAAAAAAUCCUAAUGUUUUGUCUGAAAAAACAAAUUUUACAAAUGAUUGUCUAAAUCUUAUUUUAAUGUUUGUCCAAAAAUGCAAACUUAAUAUGCUUUAAUUAAUAUAACAA